AGCGGGGCCUGUUGGGGCUGCACGUCUGGGAACUCGUGGAGACACGCGGCUGGCGGGGGCCGGUGCUGCCGGAAACCGCGGGGAGGGGACGCGCAUCUUCGGGGACAGUCAGGGUGGUCUGAGGUCCCGCGGGAGGCGUGGGCGGGAAGCGCCGAGGGCUCGGCCGGGUCCCCGGGGGCUGCAGCCGGAGGAGGGCGGGGGCCGGGUUUCCGCGGGGACCCGGCUCCUCCUCCGGCAGCUGAGGCGGAGGCUGGGGGUGGGCCGGGAGCGGAUGCGCCCGGGGAGCUUCUCGUCCCUGAGUGACCCAGUCCCGGCCUCCGCCAGAGGCGGGAGUGAGGCCCGGCCCCGCUGUCGGUUCCUAAGGGAACGGCGGCUCGCGGGGAGCUGGAAGGGGCGGGCGCUCCUGGAGCCCGGCGCCCGCGGCUCCGCCCCUCCCCGCGGGCUCGGGCGCGCACUGCCGGGCGGUUGGCGGCGGCGCCCGCGGCCCCUCCCCCGGGCCGUCGCGAGGGCGGGGGCCCGCGGGCUCAGGAAGUAGGUGAAAGGUGACGGCGCGGCAAUUCCCAGUUCAGGUUUCCUGCGCCGCCCGGAGCAGCCGCUGAUCACGCUUUGUUCACAUGCCUCGCCCCCUCCUUCUCCUCCUCCGCGACCCCGCCCUUCGCGGCCCAGCCAAUCCCAGCCCGGGCCGCCCGGCCUGCUGGCCAAUGGCGGGGGCAGGGACGCGGGGACGUGCGAGCGGCGAGGAAUGUUCCCAGUGACUCACCCGCGAGCCUCAUUGAGGCUAGGGCGGCCCCAUCCGUCUGUCCCAGCCAGCGAGGAUCUCCCCCGCCGUCCGCCCCCGCCCCUCGUCUGCCUUCCCCUCCCGCGCCUCCGCCCGCGCUUCCCUUUCCUGCCUCUCUCGCGGCCCACUCCCUUUCCUCCCCUCCCGACUUCUCCCUGCCCUUCCCAGCUCACACUGUUCUUCCCUGCUGGCCUGCCUUUUCUCUUUUUUCCUUUGCACUGGCGUCUUGAGGAUUUUACACAACAUGCGUUGUCCGUUGCAGCUUACAUAAAGGGCCCGCGAUUAUGCAAUUGCAUUGUUAGCGAUGUUUCAAGAGCGAUGGUUUCUUAAGGCUUCAGUACGAAGGGUUUAUGCGUUUUUUCCAGCAAGUGUUGAGAUUAAUACCUUGCCACGUAAAGACAAUUGUUCUGUGUUUUUACACAAUCUCUGCUUUGACCAAUGAAUGGGAUCACAUUGGUGGAAAAUUGGAGAGAUGGAGGGUAGUAACUUUUAGUGCAGUUUAAGGAACUUUAAUAUGAAGCAUUAAAUACCUAAUAGAAGGAGUUGUUCAAAUAUAAGGCAUGUGCUGUUAUUUUUGUCAAGGAGCAGUUCUUUAAAAAAAUUAAAAUAAGAUUCUAUUUUGACUAUUGAAGAUUUCUUACAAUCAGAGUUCUUGCAAAUUUAAGUCGCAUAUUAAAUUUUCUGAUUAUCUCUUUUUUGUGCUAUUGCAUUAGCUGGUCAUAGUUACACAUAGCAAACCAUUGUGUUAAGUGUAAGAUCCAGUGAAUGAGAACACAAACAUGAAGAAGUUGAAAUUAUUCUUUCCAAAGGUCACACCCAAAUCAACAGACCACAGCUCUGUCCACUAUACUUUGCCUUUUUAAAAGAAAAUUUUGGCCGUUUAUUUUUUUCUAGUAGGAAGUCAUACCUGAAAAGAUCUCAUACCAUACCUGUAGUGUUUCUUUUAAUGAUUUAAAAAAAAUAUUUAUUUGGUUGCCCCGGUCUUAGUUGCCGCACGCAGGAUCUUUAGUUGAGGCAUGCAUGUGGGAUCUAGUUCCCUGACCAGAGAUCAAACCGGGCCCCCUGCAUUGGGAGCCUGUUGUCUUAGCCACUGGACCACCAGGUCCCCAUACCUGUAGUAUUGAAAAAAGAUGACUUUUUUGUAGAGCCUUCCCUCAGUUAUUUUGUCUGACUCCUGUUGCAGUUGACUACUCUGGAAAGAAUAUAAAAUGUUUUUUUUUUCUAAGCCAAGCAGUUCUUUUUUGGAUUACAAGUGCAUUGGUACCUUUGGCCUUGGUCCUCAUAAUGGAGGAAAGAAUGGAAAUGAUUUCUGAAAGAUCAAAAGAGAGUGUGUAUUCCUGGAACAAAACUGCAGAGAAAAGUGACUUUGAAGCCGUAGAAGCACUUAUGUCAAUGAGCUGCAGUUGGAAGUCUGAUUUUAAGAAAUACAUUGAAAGCAGACCCGUUACUCCAGUGUCUGAUAUGUCAGAGGAAGAGAAUCUGCUUCCUGGUACACCUGAUUUUCAUACAGUCCCAGCAUUUUGUUUGACUCCACCUUACAGUCCCUCUGACUUUGAACCCUCUCAAGUGUCAAAUCUGAUGGCACCAGCGCCAUCUACUGGACACUUCAAAUCAUUGUCAGAUACUGCCAAGCCUCACAUUGCUGCUGCACCUUUCAAAGAGGAGAAGAGCCCAGUACCUGCCCCCAAACUCCCCAAGGCUCAGGCAACAAGUGUGAUUCGUCAUACAGCUGAUGCCCAGCUGUGUAACCACCGAUCUUGCCCAGUGAAAGCAGCCAGCAUCCUUAACUAUCAGGACAAUUCUUUUCGAAGAAGAACCCACCUAAAUGCUGAGACUGCAAGAAAAAACAUACCUUGUGCAGCUGUGUCACCAAACAGAUCCAAACGUGAGAGAGACACAGUGGCAGGUGUUGAAGAGAAAGUAAGUGCUGCACUUUAUGACUUUUCUGUGCCUUCCUCAGAGACAGUAAUCUGUAGAUCUCAGCCGGUCCCCAUGUGCCCACAACAAAAGUCGGUCUUAGUCUCUCCACCUGCAGUAUCAACAGGGGGAGUGCCACCUAUGCCCGUCAUCUGCCAGAUGGUUCCCCUCCCUGCAAACAACCCAGUUGUGACAACAGUCGUCCCCAGCACUCCACCCAGUCAGCCGCCAGCCGUCUGCCCACCUGUUGUAUUCAUGGGCACUCAGGUGCCCAAAGGCGCCGUCAUGUUUGUUGUACCCCAGCCCGUUGUUCAGAACCCCAAGCCUCCAGUGGUGAGCCCAAAUGGCACCAGACUCUCUCCCAUUGCCCCUGCUCCAGGGUUUUCUCCUUCAGCAGCAAAAGUCACUCCUCAGAUUGACUCAUCAAGGAUAAGAAGUCACAUCUGUAGCCAUCCAGGAUGUGGCAAGACGUACUUUAAAAGUUCUCAUCUGAAGGCCCACAUGAGAACGCAUACAGGAGAAAAACCUUUUAGCUGUAGCUGGAAAGGUUGUGAAAGGAGGUUUGCUCGUUCAGAUGAACUGUCCAGACACCGACGAACCCACACAGGUGAGAAGAAAUUCGCCUGUCCCAUGUGUGACCGGCGGUUCAUGAGGAGCGACCAUUUGACCAAACAUGCCCGGCGCCAUCUGUCAGCCAAGAAGCUACCAAACUGGCAGAUGGAAGUGAGCAAGUUAAAUGACAUUACCCUACCUCCAACCCCUGCUCCCACACAGUGACAGACGGAUGGUAAAGAAUCAGACUAACUUUGGUCACAGCCAGAAGCCAGUGGUGAUAUAAAAAUGCUUCCACUGCAAGUCUGUGGCCCUCCAGUGCGGGCUGCAAGCAGAAGCCCCACGGCCUGGGGAGAAGGCCCAGCCUGGGUUAGAUGGUAAGAAGUGCUACGGCCACAGGCAGCUCAAAGAGUGGCAGGACUCAUUUCUUACCACGUAAGAGAGAUGAGAAAGUUUAUUCCUUUCAAUAUUUUUUGAAGGUUUCAGGUGAGGUCAGCCCAACCACAGGUAGCACAGAUUUUGAAUUUGUGUGCACAAUUUGUUACUUUACUUUCACCAUUUAUACUUGAGACCAACUUUUCAAUGUGAUUCUUCAAAAGCACUGGUUUCAAGAGUGUAGAGACUGGAAGUAAACAUUACGGUACAGAGAUGGAGAUGUAAAAUUGAUCUGUAUUAUCGCGAAUAUUAUUAUCCUUUCCUAGAGUUAUCUUGUUUACUAUUCUUAGUCUUUCCAUUCAACUUCGUGGACAUAGUUGUUAAAUAUAUCUAGAACUAGCAUUUUUACACUAGUUGCUGACGUUUGGAAUUGAGCAACUGUAUAUUGCUGAAGAGGUCCCAAAGAAUUGGAAUCCUCAUUAAUUUAAUUGCUUUGAAGUGUUGCUUCAGGGUUUUUUUUGCGUUUUUGUUUUAAAAGUUUAACAAAUGACUAUAACUAGGCAUUUUAUUAUGCUUUGAACCUUAGUUGGCUGCAGUUCCCUGUGUAGAUUUGAAAAUUGUAUACCAAUGUGUUUUCCGUAGACUCUAAAAUACACUGCACUUUGUUUCGAAAAAAAAUUGAAGAUGAAAACACAUAUUGUAAAGAAGGGAUAUUAAGAAUUUUAGAUAACUCCUUCAAAAAGAUGGCUUAGGACAUCAGUAAAGUACCCUUAUGUUAUGAGGAUAUAACAUGUGCUUUAUUGAAUUAGAAAGUGAGUGAACAUUAUUCACAAGUGGACAAAUGUCCUGUUAAUUUAUAGAAGUUUUUUUGGGGGGGGGAAUGUGGAAGUAGAUAGGUAGAAAAAUAAUUAGGACAUUCACUUUUGUUAACAGUAUUUCUGUUAUAUUCUGUUUUGUAUAGUGGAUGAUAUAUACAGUGGUAAAACAAAAGUCAAUUGUUUAAAAUAUAUAGUGAAAAAUGUCAUUAUGUCUUUCCAUUUAACAUUUUUCUCUAUAUUGGGUGUAGAUUUCUGCCAUCAAAACUUUGGACUCUUGGAAAACAAAAAAAGAAUUUUCUUUUAAUAAAAAAAAUCCUUGUGAUUUACAAUUUGCACAAUAUUUCUUUUGUUGUACUUUAUAUCUUGUUUACAAUAAAGAAUUUCCUUUGGUAUAUA